UGCAAAUACUGAAAAAUAUCGGCGUAGAUGACAAGGAUAUUCGUGUCAUUAAAAAUUUGUACUGAAGUCAAACUGCUAUCGUAAAAAUUGGAGAUAACUACACCGAUGAAAUCUCUAUACAACGAGGAGUCAUUUCUUUGCAAUAAUCAUCUCAGUUUAGAACUAAGACAAAGAAUGGUUAAAUGCUAUGUUUGGUCCGUACUUUUGUAUAGUGCAGAAGUGUGGACGCUAAAAGUAUCGAUCAUGAACAAAAUUAAAGCAUUGAAAUUUUGGGUUCAUAGACGAAUGCUGAAAAUACCUUGGACAGCAAGGAAAACUAAUGAAGAAGUACUAAGGAGCGUCAACAAAGAUAGAGAACUACUAAAGACUGUUAAACAUCGAAAAAUGUCUUAUCUGGGACAUAUGGUAAGGCGAAGUCGAUAUAAAAUAUUACAACUGUAG